AUGACAUCCGAAAAAACUCUGUCUGAGAUCGAGGCUGUCAUCCACGAGUGCCCCCAUUGCCCUGAAACCCUGUACACCUUCGACACAGGCGAUUACGAUGUCGAUGAGUCUUACGAAUAUUUCCAUAAACCCUGUGUCUCCACACUCUGCACCGAAUUCGAGCACCUCAAGAGUGCGCUGUGCGACCAGUGUCUCCAUCUUCGCCUAUGGCAUUUGCUGAAAUGCAUGCAGUGGGGACCUGGAAACGAUGCAUUUGAUGUCAAUCUUGACCGACCAUUUCGGCGAGAACAGUUCAUGUCCAAAACGUGCCCAUUCUGCCAGCUGAUACAGACCUUGUUACUGCCUGGUACAUAUGACCCAGCGAAAUUGGAAUCUGGCGAUCCGCUGUUCAUGGACGUUGACGAAGACGCGUGCCUUCAACUGAGUCUAGCCAAGCUCAGCGAGCAGAAGUCCAGUACAGUUGCAACAGUUUUUGUGGAUAGCGGCGCUAGCAUCUUUAGAACCCCAACCAUUGGAGCCUUGCACAUCGCCUUGACCGGGCAGGCAGCAUUCAAGACCCUCGUAGGAUCCACGGUAGAGUGGAACCGAAUUCGCGAGGUUAUCAAAACUUGUCGUAGAGACCAUGUGGAAUGUCAGAAGGUUGUCUCCCAUCACCUUCCUAAAGGCUUCCGAGUCAUCGAUGUCACCAACAGGUGCAUAGUGGAGAAGGAGAAAUGUGACUUUGUGGCGCUGAGCUACGUUUGGGGCGCUGAUGCCACCAUGAUCACCUACAAGAACAAUAUUGAGGAGCGGAGACGUCACGGGAGUCUCUCAACAUCUCGAUUGUCACAAACCCUCGAGGACGCAAUUCAAGUCUGCCUGCAAUUGAACGAGCGGUACCUCUGGAUUGAUAGGCUCUGCAUUAUUCAGGACGAUGAAGAGGACAAAGCGCGGCAGAUCAGAUCCAUGGACAUCGUCUAUUCGGCAGCGCGCUUUGUGAUCAUGAACACCUAUGGUAAUGGCGCGACGUACGGCAUUUCGGGAGUCAGUCGCUCGCGCCAUGCCAUGCAGUCUAGUGCUUUAUUGCCUGGUAUGACUGUGACAAACCAGGUUCGCGAGACAGGAAAUGACUCUUUCGAUACCUGGUUGACUCGCGGAUGGUAUUUUCUCGCCCAACGAAAGCUUUACUUCAGAAAUAGGAGCAUCUACUACGAGUGUGAGCAAGGCAUCCUACACGAGGACGCCUUCAAUGACGAUGCAACCCUUCGCUAUAGGGAUUUGCGUCUCCACUUCCAACGCUACUCUUUGCAAAGGUACAACUCAGGAUUUACCGCGUACACACGUCAUGUCAAUCACUACUCUACGCGGGCACUCACCUUCCGGAGCGAUGUUUACAGUGCCUUUUCCGGUGUGAUGAAUACGCUUUUUGGGACGGCUGCCGUCUACUACGGAUUGUCGCUAGCUCACUUCGACCAAUCAUUGCACUGGUUCCGCGUAGUGAACGAUAAGCCUUUGAUCAGAGAAGAACAAGGAACUCAUUUCCCUUCAUGGUCUUGGUAUUCAUACAUGUGUACAACGGAUCCAAUACGCCAUCAGCAGAACUCGUACCACGGCCCGCUCACUGCAUGGUAUACGUACAACGCCGUCACAGGCGGCGUAAUCGCAUUGAACGAGCAAGUAGAUGGAGAACUGGAGAGAGAUUGGCGAUUGCUGAUGAGUCUCAUUUAUAGCGAAACCGGCAUUGCGUACGACUGGCGCGUUUCAUUGCAAGACGAAACAUGGAACGACAUACACCAAGCAGCUACCAAACGCUGGCCGGAUUAUUCAGCAUUUCACAAGCAGCUCCCUGGGGUGGCAGAUGAUCUCCAGUUGAUUGCUCAUCAAGAAGGACGCAAGACGCCAGGCACCAUUGUGGGUCGAACACAGACCGCCUUCUUCAGGCUCGACUCAAAAGACCAGUGGGCAAACGUCCUGAACGCCCAGGGAACUGUAGUUGGUCAGAUGUACGGAGCUACACCUCGCAUUGCAAGAAGGGUAGACUCGUCGCUCAAUACCAACUCCCAACAACUCUGCAAUCUUGAGUUCAUGGCACUAUCGGUGUUCGGCAAAGAUAGAGCAACAUGGAAUGGCCAUGUUGCACACAGGGAAGGUUUGGCUUGGGUGUAUCUUGCAGACUGGGCUGCGGCUACGCGGACGUGGAAGACGAUUAUCCUCCAUGAAGAGCUUCUUGAGUACGCGCCUUACAAGGCGAAUGCCCUGUCAACCCAAAGCGUCUUCCAUCUCGAUGCUUCCACGCCUCGUUGCUUCAUCGCCCGUCACGGCGAAACUGAAUGGACCAAGAACGGUCGCUACACGGGCUCUACCGAGCUCGAGUUGACUGCAGAUGGCGUCAAGCAGGUCUCAGGAACAGCUUCGCAUCUCGUGGGCUCUGGAAAAUUGAUCGACCCGGCACGUGUUGUGCAGGUGUUCGUCAGCCCCAGGAAGCGCGCGCAGCAGACUUUCAACUUGCUUUUCGAGAGCUCGGGAAUGGCGCUUGAUGACGAGAAGGUUAAGCUCGAAGAGGAAAUUACGGAGUGGGAUCACGGCAUGUACGAGGGCUGGUUGAGCAGUGAGAUUAGGCAAAGUCGGAAGGAGAGGGGCUUGGAUACGGAGAGGGAGUGGAGUAUUUGGAGUGAUGGGUGUGAGAGUGGCGAAACUCCACAGCAAGUAACUGAAAGGCUGGACCGUUUGAUCGCAAAGAUUCGCGACAUCCAAAGGCCACACAUGAACGGAGAGCAACCGGCUGAUGUCGUUGUCGUCGCUCAUGGCAUGAGUCUCCGAUGCUUCGUCAAAAGAUGGUUGGGCUACCCCUUGGACAUGCCUUUGGCGCUCAUGCUAUCACCUGGUGCCAUCGGUAUUCUCAGUUACUUGAAGCAUGACAUUGCGCAGCCGGCUUUCUUUGUUGGUAUGUCUCUUCCGCCUCUCUGAUGAAGCCAUGCGAUCACGAUGGCCUGACUGGAUGGAAAAAUUCAUAUAUGCUAUCGAAACAGCAUGGAAGGAAUCGAACAAAAGGCUCGGGCGAGCUGCAUAUCUGAUUCGUGCACUAUCACGGUUCUGUCCUAGUGUCACCUCGUCUCCAAACAUCACCUGCCGGCUUCGGCAAUCUUGACUAGCUCCACAUCAAUCUAUCUCAGUCUCGGUGG